UUUUUCCUGGCCGUGGUCCUUUUUUCUGAUUGGAACACUGCGGGAUCAACAUCCCCGGCCGGUCUUCUAAGAAUGGCUCGGUUAACAGGAUUAUGACCGUUGUCCCCGUAAAAGAGCAGCUGUCGUCAGUGUGGAUUGAUUAGAUUGGAAACAUGCACAACAUUGGAAAUUUUCAACGGAUCGAGAAGAUCGGUGAAGGAACGUACGGGGUGGUGUACAAGGCGAAGGACAUCAACACCCAGAAAUAUGUCGCCCUCAAGCGGAUCCGGCUGGACAGUGAAACCGAGGGCGUCCCAUCCACGGCCAUACGGGAGAUUUCUCUGCUCAAGGACCUUCAGCACCACUCGGUGGUCGAGCUGUUCGAUGUUGCCAUUAUGGAUUCGAGCAUCUACAUGAUCUUCGAGUAUCUGGAUAUGGAUCUGAAAAAGCUGCUCGACAAGUACAAACCGUCCUUCACGCCAAAGCUGGUCAAAAGCUACAUGCACCAAAUGCUGGACGCGAUUGCUUUCUGCCACAUGCACCGGAUUUUGCACCGAGACUUGAAACCUCAGAACUUGCUGAUCGACCGCGACGGACACCUCAAGCUGGCGGAUUUCGGUCUGGCUCGCUCGUUCAACUUUCCCAUGCGGACGUACACUCACGAGGUGGUCACGCUGUGGUACCGCGCGCCAGAAAUCCUCCUGGGCACCAAGUUCUACGCAACCGGGGUGGACAUCUGGAGUCUCGGUUGUAUAUUUGCGGAAAUGAUCUUGAAACGGCCACUCUUUCCCGGUGACAGUGAAAUAGACCAGCUGUAUCGGAUCUUCCGCACCAUGAGCACACCGGACGAGGACAACUGGCCCGGAGUAUCGCAGCUGCCGGACUACAAGCGAACGUUUCCCCGUUGGGAGGCGCAGCCCGUUCCGGAUGAUAUCGUACGGUACAAGGCGCACGACCUGUUCGAACAGUUGAUGGUGUACGAUCCGACGCAGCGGAUUUCAGCGCGGAACGCGAUGAUGUUGCCGUAUUUCGACGAUGUCGAGCUGAUACCACCGGGGAUUUGAAAGUUCAUGUAAGUGAUUUCACUAAUCAUAAGUUAGAACAAUAUUCAUCUCACUUUAAUGUUUUUUGAAUGACACAAUUAAAAAAACUGAAAAGCCGGAAAAUAAACGUUUUCAAUCUUUUUGGGAUUACCGAAACAUUAAUUUUUUUUAAAGAUAUUAUUAAAGUUUUAAGUCGAAGUGUAAUUGCCAAAUCACUAAAAACAUAUACUUUAUUCUAAUCAAAUCAAAUAUAUUUCUUGAAAAAAAAACAACUCAUCAGAUCAACAAACCAAACCCAUACCGGAAA